AUGACGACCGACACCCCCGAAAAAGCAGCAGCCCAAGAUUGGGCCGCGCCUCGUAGGGUCAAGAAGCACAGGCGGGCGCGGCAGGGAAGCCGAAGGUUGCAAAGGGACUGUCCCUACCUGGACCUUACCUUCCUAUGCCAUGAUGCCUCCCAGGACUUGGACAAAGUGAAUUGGGUCUUUGCUGAAAUGCUGGAUGCGGCCGGACUGGGGACGAGGAUCUUUGCAGAGACGGGCUCUCGGAGUCGCCCUGCUCUUCCACCGCUUUCGCCGCGACCGAGCAACUCGUCAUCAUCGCGAAACAUCUGUUUCCCACGUCGCAGUGCUCCGUUCUUCCCGCUGACCCCGCCAGGCACCUACUUUAGCGACACUGCGCAGAAGCUGACUGACACAGCCACGCCUACGUCGUCACCAGCGACAAUCAGGUUGCGAGAGCCCACACCUCAUAAGGUUGGACGUCGAAUACCCUCAACUUUCAAGCAGCGACGACCCUCGUCAGAACCUUCAGCCUACGAUACCACCUUCUCUACCCUUUAUUGGCACGAACUUUUCAAGUACCUAAUCCGAUACAUCACCACCACAAAAUCACCCCGCCAUGAGCUUCCGGGGCUUCCAGAAAAGCGUCAUUCGGGUACGUGUGUCCACUUAAUGAGGGGUCCUCCCGCGCCCCAGCAAUUCAAGUCGCGCUUCAAUAUCGGCGAGCACACAAAGGAUGCCGUCUACAUCGAUUCCGAGCGCAGAUUUCAAGAGCUGGAAACCGAGACGAAGCGAUUGCACGAUGAGUCCAAGAAAUACUUCGACGCCAUCAACGGCAUGCUCAGCCAUCAGAUCGAAUUCAGCAAGGCCAUGACCGAAAUCUACAAACCCAUUUCCGGUCGCAUGUCGGAUCCCGACAGUUUGGAGGUUCGCGGCAACCCCGAGGGUAUCCGCGCCUGCGAAGAGUACGAGGCCGUCGUCAAGGAUUUGCAGGAGACUCUUGCGCCAGAGUUGGAGAUGAUAGAAAGUAGGGUUAUUCGCCCAGCCAACGAACUCCUCGAUGUCGUCAAGGUCAUUCGCAAGUCAGCAGCGAAGCGCGAACACAAGAAGCUCGAUUACGACCGACACAGACAAACCUUGAAGAAGCUGCAGGACAAGAAGGAUCGGAAUGCCAAGGAUGAAAAGGCUCUGUGGAAAGCGGAGAACGACGUGGAGCAGGCGACUCAGGAGUUCAACUACUUCAACGAUCUUCUCAAGGAGGAACUGCCGCGCCUGUUUGCGCUCGAGCAACAAUUCAUCCAACCUCUCUUCCAGUCCUUCUACUACAUGCAACUCAACAUCUUCUAUACGUUGCACGAGAAGAUGCAACACUGCGACAUCGGCUACUUCGACCUAACGCUCGACGUACUUGAGGCAUUCCACAAGAAGCGAGGUGAUAUUCAAGAGCAGGCGGAGAAACUAUCCAUUGUGAAGUUCAAGACGACUGGUCAGAGACGUCCGGUAAAAUACGGCGGCCGUCCCGCAAUCGAGGGCAAGCCUCAACACCUGCUUACCGCUGGACCUUCUUCCUCCUCAGCUGCCUCCACAACCUCAGCAGCGCCCACAAAGUACGGUGGCUACACCAAGCAAGGAGAAACCGCCGACGCGAACCCGCCGCCUCCAUACUCUCCUCCGCCCACGAACGGAACUUCUGGCGGAGGACUCGCCGCUAUUGCCGCAGCAAAGUCAAAGCCUCCUCCGCCCAAGCCCAAACCCAGCCGACUCAGCGGAGCGCCCGCGGCCGAACAUGUCACCGCCUUGUAUGACUACGCUGCACAAGCUGAGGGCGACCUGAGCUUCAGGACGGGCGAUGUCAUCGAGAUCAUCAGCAGAACAAAGAACGAGAAUGAGUGGUGGCAAGGUAGAUUGAACGGAAAGACUGGGCAAUUCCCAGUGGGAGCGACUAAUAGAGACUCCCAACCCACCAAUAACGAUCGACACCCGUGA